AUGGCCGCUUCGCAGAACCAUGAGGAGGAGAGAUUACCUCUCCCCAAUAAUCUAUUCCAACCCGAUUCAUUUGUCCCGGACAGUCUCCGAGAUACUUCCCGGUCGCCGCACCCCUACCAUCGCAAGGGCUCCAAGCGCUCCGAACCACAUUUGCUACCUACCGAGGGCGGCGAUCGACUAACUCCCAACUCAUGGCCUAAAACGUCCAGUGAUAGCGGCACCGAGGCAGAUGAUGAGAGUACAGGAAUUUUAAAAGGACUCCCGGCGCCUCCUCUGCGCCAACGGAAAGGCUUGCGUUCGAGCUUCAAUGAUGCCGCAGACCGUGACUCGUGGUUGCCGUUAUUGCAACCGUGGUCCUCACUGGGACGGUCAACGUCCCGGAGCUCACGACAGAGCUCCAGUGAAGACACGGGAACUGGACGGGUGGGAUUACGAGGGAAGGUCGGAAAAAAGCGCCUUGAGGUCUUGCGACGGCUAUUAGAGACCGGUCUGCUAUUGUCCGUGGGCGCGGUUGUGCUGUCCCAGGAGAAUACGAGGUCACUUGCAUGGGCUUGGAGGAAAGAACUACUUGCUCAUGGCGUUCUUGUCUCUGGGCUGUACGCGGUGUAUCCGCUCAGGAGAAAUGGACGCCUACGGCUUUCUGGAUUAAACUCUUUUACCAUUCCAAGCAGUUUCGACCCCGCUCCCCUUCUUUACCCGAUUUUGAUACCCAUUUACACCUCUUUGUCCUUGGCGCACCGUAGCCCUGCGCUGGUAUUGCCGAACAUCAUUCUCAGUCUCUCGUCUUUACCCGCCCCGGUCAUUCCACUGCGCGAGUGGAUACAUGGUCACAGUGUCGUCCAUUGGUUGGUCACGUUGAUACCCAUUAUUGUCUCGGAGCAUUUUUCUGCAGAUCACAAGAUACCCAAGCCUCUCACGCUUCGCGGCCUCAAUUCUGAAGUUUUGACCCUUGUUUUUCCGUUGCAUCAAGCAUUGAUACCCACUUUAGAUUUCUUAUUAACUACCAGUAUCCUUCCGGCAGAGCUACAGCUUUUGACGAGUGCUCUUGUGAAUCUGUUUUUGUUUGCGAGCUCCCCCCAGGCGGAGAUCCUUAAAGCGCUAUUGUGGCUGGGCGGCUUGUGCAUUUUUAUCUCUUGCCGGCAUGUUCUCCGCUGGGAGGUCGCUCUAGCUAGGAUCCCCAGCUGGAAGUUUAGACGGUCGCCCAGUGGUUCACAAUCACGAAAAAAUCUCUUGUAUGUUAUCGACCAUAAAGUCUGCCAAAAACUGAGCCGAGCGGGCUCCUCCGAAGAUGCUAUGUCAGACAGUGAAUACGAGGCUCACAUAGCGCCAAUAUCACCCAGAACAACGCAUGAGUUCCGAGAGAAGACUCCAGCUAGAGGAACGACCGACAGAGCUCCCCAAGAGAAUGGUCAUCGGCAUGCAGUGAAUCGACGACGACAUACUAUCUCCAGCGUGGAUGAGGCUGCACAUUCAGAGCGUAUCAGGACCACUCCCAGUGGCCGACGGAAGCGAUCGAUGGCCCCGGGUCUGGCAUCCUUUUUGUCACUGACUGUACCACAAGCACAAGUGCGGAAAUGGCUUUACGCCCUAUACGUAUAUGCGGCUGUGGCAGUUAUCAUCAUGGGCCCAGUGCGGAAGUACGUGAGCGAACGUGCGCUGGCUGGAGAGGAGCCGUUUGGGUGGGCUUUGAGCUACCUACUUGGAAAUGUGUCCUGGUUCAGGUUCUGGGUGUUCAUGUGGAACCUGGAGUACUGGAUCCCUCUUCCUCCUCGCUUGGAUCGUGAAAUGUGCUCUCUUGGCUGGAUGGAGUGUCUCCGGCAGACUUCUUUUGGGGAAGCCAACGCACGUCUUUUAAUUGCUGCUCAUUGUAUUGUGGUGAUUAUGAUGGGCCUGGGUGUUGUUUUUAAGUUGAGCUCCAUUGUAGAAGUGGAUACAAGACGCAAAGUCUUCCACGGCAUGAUGGUAUUGAUGUUUCUUCCCACCAUCUACAUCGAUCCUGCAUUCUGUGCUCUCGCUCUCGCUCUAGUACUGUCUAUAUUUCUCCUUCUGGAUCUUUUCCGAGCUUCCCAAAUGCCGCCCAUCUCUCGUCCGUUGACUUAUUUCCUGGCACCCUAUGUUGACGGCCGUGACCAUCGGGGACCUGUCAUUAUCUCUCACAUCUUCCUUCUUAUCGGAUGCUCUAUUCCCCUGUGGCUUUCUUUGGCUGACAUCCCCCGAUCGGAAGACCACCCGUGGGGCGCAUGGGAUGUUCAGUUCCGGGAUGUCAGUAUGGUCAGUGGAGUAGUAUGCGUCGGCCUUGGAGAUGCAGCGGCAUCACUGGUGGGUCGUCGGUUUGGUCGGCGUAAGUGGUUCUGGGGUGGAGGCAAGUCUUUGGAGGGCAGUGUGGCUUUUGCGGCGGCCGUGACUGGGGGUCUGGUGUUUUCCCGAUUGUGGCUUGCCGCUGGCCAGUGGGCUGUGCAUGUGAACGAUGAGCAGAAUCAUUUAUUCUGGCUUUGGACGGUGUGCAAAGCCAUCAUAGCGGCUGCAGGCACCAGUGCGACCGAAGCGAUUUUGACGGGGUGCAACGACAAUGUGGUUGUACCGAUUGUGCUGUGGCUGCUCGUCAGGGGCCUUGGUCUCUGA